AUGGCGCGCGCCUCGAGCCCGCCGACCCCGUCCGAUGACCGGACCCUCGUCGCAGCGCCUCCCGACGACGACGAUGCCUCCUCUACCAUCAGCCGCCUGAGCUCCCGCUCGUCCCUCGAUCUCCUCCACCGAAGCUCCUCCCACCGCCGCCGAAGCCGCCGCUCCGCGAACACCUGGAGAGCAGUCUCCUUCGUCGCCGCCCUCGUCUCCGCCCUCUGCGCCGGCUCCAUCACCGUCUUCUCCAUGUAUGGCCACAUCUUCCAAGAGCGCCUGCACUACACCCAGUUCCAGGUCAACGGCCUGGCCAUCAGCAGCUCCAUCGCCCUCUACCUGCCCGUCUCCAUCCUCGGAUACAUCUGCGACCGCGUCGGUACUCCGCCGCUGUCGUUGUUGGCCGCGAUACUGUUUGGUGGAGGCUACGCUAUUGCUGCGGGAACAUACCGCCAGCUGGAGGAUGAGAACUUCGGCGGCCUGCGCGACAUGGCCGGAAGGCGCAUCUCGGGCGGCCCCGAUUGGACGUAUCCCCUGAUGAUCUUUGCGUUCGUCUGCGUCGGUGUCGGUACGUGCUCCAUGUACCUCGCCGCCGUCGCAACCUGUGCGAAGAACUUUGGCAAGGGCAAGCAUCGCGGACUGGCUCUGGCGGUGCCCAUUGCUGCGUUUGGACUGAGUGGCAUGUGGCUCAGCCAGCUUGGCAGCCGUGUCUUCUACGAGAAGCUGCCGGACGGAUCAGCUGGGGACCUGGACGUAUUCCACUUCUUCGUCUUCCUCUCCAUCCUCUUGCUGGUUGUUGGAAUCGUUGGCUCCUUUACUCUAAAGGUUGUGGACGAGGAGGAGAUCAUCGAGGAAGCUGUCGAGGAGCUCGAGAGAAGCGGCCUCUUGGAGCGCAGCACGUCAUUCCUGAGUGCUCGCAGCGGCGGCAGAGGAUACGGCGCGAUUUCUCAGAUUGCCGACGAAGAGGAUGGUGGAGCUCUUGGGUCGGUUGAGGACGAUGCGAAGCUGAAGAAGAAGCUAGUCCUUAAUGCCGAGACAAGAAGCUUCCUCACGGACCGCACCAUGUGGUACUUUGCCCUAGGCUUCCUGCUGAUGAUUGGACCCGGCGAGGCCUUUAUCAACAACCUUGGCACCGUCAUUGGCACGUUGUACCCGCCUACACGGCAAUACGUUGGUCCCCCGACGUCAGCGGCCACCCAUGUGUCCAUCGUCGGUAUCACCAGCACCGUCGCACGACUGGCGACGGGCACUUUGACAGAUCUUCUCGCCCCGUCUCCCCAGACACAGCAUCUGCAGGUGUCCUCGAGCCCACCGUACAUUCGCGGCAGACUAGCCAUUUCCCGCGUUGCGUUCCUCCUCUUCUUCGCAAUCAUCCUAUCGCUGGGUCUUGUCGCCCUGGCUUCCGGCUUCAUCCAGGAGCACGGCGAACGCUUCUGGAUUGUCUCCGGCCUUGUCGGCUCUGGUUACGGAGCCGUCUUCAGCCUGACGCCCAUCAUCAUCACGGUCAUUUGGGGUGUUGAGAACUUUGCCACCAACUGGGGCAUCGUCGCCAUGUUCCCGGCCCUGGGUUCGACAAUUUGGAGUCUGGUCUACUCGGCCAUAUACCAGUCCGGCGCUACAAAGUCGCCUUCAACCGGAGAGGGCGGAGACGUCUUUUGCUACGGCAUGCAGUGCUAUGCCUCGACAUUCUGGGCCAUGGCUGUCACCGUCUGGGUGGCCUGCGGCAUGGUCCUCUACGCCUGGAAGGGCAAGAACGGAUGGGUUCAACGGGGCAUUGUUAUCUAA